AUGCUCCUCCUCCGCCCGCUCCCUGCUCCGGCCAAGCCCACGGCCCGGAGACCACCGCCACGGCGGCGACCGCCGCGUCCCCGCGCCUCCGCGUCCGCGUUCGGCGUGGGUGCCUCCGAGGAGGACGCCUUCACCAGGAGCUCGGGGUACCUCUUCGAGGAGGGGAUGUCCGCCGAGGGGGAGCUCCCCACCUCGUACGACAUCAGCGGCAUCGCCGCCGUCUACCGCCGCAGGCCGCUCCUCGUGCUCCGCCGCUCGCUGCAGAUCGGGGCCUCCUUCGGCCGCUGGUUCGCGCUGCGGUACCUCGACAGCGUCAACGAGCGCGCCGACGACAUGUUCGAGAUCAGGGCUGCUCAGCUCAGGAGAAUACUGCUGGAACUUGGCCCGGCAUUUGUGAAGAUUGCGCAAGCUGUUUCAUCGCGCCCGGAUGUGAUUCCUCCUGCAUACCUUGAUGAACUCUCACUGCUUCAAGACCGUAUAGCACCGUUCUCGACCAACGUUGCUUUUGAUAUUAUAGAAAAGGAGCUUGCGAUGCCACUGGACAUGGUUUUCUCUGAAAUAUCACCAGAGCCUGUUGCUGCUGCUUCUCUCGGGCAGGUUUACCAGGCUAGGCUACGUUCCAAUGGGAAGCUUGUUGCUGUCAAAGUACAAAGGCCUGGAGUCCAAGCCGCAAUUUCCUUGGAUAUCUUUAUCUUGCGGUUCCUUGCUGGUGUUGCCAGGAAGGCUCGCAAGCUGAACACAGACCUUCAAGCUGUGCUUGACGAAUGGGCAUCAAGCCUAUUUCGGGAGAUGGAUUAUAGAGAAGAAGCGAGAAAUGGACUUAAGUUCAGGGAAUUAUAUGGGAAUCUUAGAGACGUGCUGGUUCCAGAAAUGUAUCUUGAACAGACGAGACGGCGAGUCCUUAUCAUGGAAUGGGUUGAGGGGGAAAGGUUAUCAGAAGUCAGAGAUCAAUAUUUGGUUGAGGUUGGAGUAUACUGUUCACUUUCCCAGCUUUUGGAAUACGGAUUUUAUCAUGCAGACCCACAUCCUGGAAAUCUUCUGCGUACAGUUGAUGGGAAGCUAGCUUACUUAGAUUUUGGAAUGAUGGGAGAAUUCCGACAAGAACUCAGGGAUGGAUUUAUUGAAGCUUGUCUACAUCUGGUUAACCGGGAUUUUGAUGGUUUAGCAAAAGACUUUAUUACUCUUGGUUUGCUUCCUGCAACUGCUCAGAAAGAUGAAGUGACAAAGGCAUUGACAGGCGUAUUUGAAAGUGCUGUUAACAAAGGCGUUCAGAAUAUAAGCUUUGGAGAUCUGUCUGGAAAUCUUGGGCAAACAAUGUAUAAGUUCAAGUUCCAGAUACCUUCGUACUUCUCUCUUGUAAUCCGAAGCCUUGCUGUCUUGGAAGGCAUUGCAAUCAGCUUCAAUCCCAACUACAAAGUCUUGAGCAGUUCUUACCCAUGGAUUGCAAGAAAAGUUCUCACUGAUAGCUCACCAAAUCUCCGAUCAACAUUGAACACACUACUUUAUAAGGGUGGAACUUUCCAGAUUGACCGUUUGGAAUCUUUGCUAACGGAGUCUCUCCGGGCCAGAUCAGAGCAGUCCUUGGUCAGAAAUCAAAAAGAAGAUAGUGAUAGUUCAAGAUAUGCAAUUAAACAAGUCCUAUCAUUUACACUCACUGAACAGGGUUCCUUUGUGAAGGAUUUACUUCUUCAGGAGAUUUCUAAGGGACUAGAUGCACUUGGAGUGGCCACAUUAAGUUCUGUAACGUCUGCUGCGGCCUCUAGAUUUCCGUUUGCACCAUCUUCGUCAUCACCACUAAAUAAUGAGGAGGUCACUAACUUGAGAAAUCUAUAUCGCCUUCUCCUACUUUUAUCGAAGACUCCUCAGAAGGAAAACUCAUCUCCAGAUCCUGGAUAUGAAAGCACUAGGGAAAAGGGAGAUGAUAGCGUGGAUGAUGUUUCUCUUGUGUUAAAUGAAAUGAGGUCUCUUCCAGAGUUCUUGCCAGUUCUUUCUGUCAUACCUGAGCUUCCACCAGAGUCCCAGCAGCAGUUUCUCCUCCUGCCUGCGGAUUUAACUAAUCGUGUUUUAUCUCGUGCUGUUGCAAGAACCAUCAGAAGUAUUUUCAUGUGAAGUUAAAGCCUACUUCCUACAAGGUCUUCUUUUCCUCUUUAGCCGUUCUUUGAAACGUGGCUACAGCCGACAGGUAUAAGGAGAUUAGUUUCCCAUACUGUAGCAUUAUUUUAUAGGUCACCAUCAAAUUAUUGGCUUUGCAUGUACAUUUUUGUUGAGAGAACAUGUAGAUAUCUCGAAAGUGAAGGAGCCACCAUAAUGCCCCACAGGCUGUAGUGACUGAUGAACUUUUGUUGAAAUAUAUGAUAUAAUAAAAUACUACAGAAUUGCAAUUC